AGCCGGCCUGCCCAGUCCUCAGCCCGUCACAACCCAGCAGAUUUAGCUGUUGACAGCUGCUUGGGACUUCACUGCCAGGCCCUGGCCGCGACCGCCGCCUCUCCUCGCCCUCAGUGACUCCCCGCUACAGCCCCUCCAUGGCCCAGAAAGAACAGGCCGCUGAAGCUGCUGCUCCUGCCUCCCAGAAUGGUGAGGAUCUGGAGAACCUGGACGACCCUGAGAAGCUAAAGGAGCUGAUUGAGCUGCCACCCUUCGAGAUCGUCACAGGGGAGCGGCUGCCUGUCAACUUCUUCAAGUUCCAGUUCCGGAACGUGGAGUACAGUUCCGGGCGGAACAAGACCUUCCUCUGCUACGUGAUUGAAGCGCAGGACAAGGGAGGCCAGGUGCAGGCCACCCGGGGAUACCUGGAGGACGAGCACGCCACUGCCCACGCCGAGGAAGCCUUCUUCAAAACGGUGGUGCCGAACUUCGACCCGGCCCUGCGCUACAACGUCACCUGGUACGUGUCCUCCAGCCCCUGCGUGGCGUGCGCCGAGCGCAUCAUCAGCACCCUGAGCAAAACCAAGAACCUGCGCCUGCUCAUCCUGGUGGGGCGCCUGUUCAUGUGGGAGGAGCCCGAGAUCCAGGCGGCGCUCAAGAAGCUCAAGGAGGCCGGCUGCAGGCUGCGCAUCAUGAAGCCCCAGGACUUCGAGUACAUCUGGCAGAACUUCGUGGAGCAGGAAGAGGGCGAAUCCAAGGCCUUCGAGCCCUGGGAGGACAUUCAGGAGAACUUCCUGUACUACGAGGAAAAGCUGGCCGACAUCCUGAAGUAGGCGGGCUCGGCCUCACGUCUGCCUGCUGCCAAGAGACAGCAGUGACAUGUAUGGCCAUCUGGGACAUGCCUGACUUCCUG